GCCCAUUGUAAGUCAUUCGUCAACAGACUCUCGUGCGGUUCGGUUCUCAGCCUCAGCCUUUGAAUUCAGCAUACUCACAUCACAGUCACAGCAAGUCACUGCUCACUGGUCACUGAUCACUGGUCACAGUUCACAGUUUACAGUCACGCAGUUACUGCUUUUGCCCGGUUUUCGAAAGAUAUUCGAAAGUGUUGAACACACAUUUUUUUUUUUUGGUUUUUGUGCUAAGCUAAGAAAUUAAGUAUAUAUAUAUACACAUAUAUAUAUAUAUAUAUAGUGUUCUGAAUACCAUUUUUCAAAUCAAAUACAAACGACCGAGCCGAAGUGAAAAGUGUGUGUGUGGCAAAUAUUUAAAUCCCAUUUGCGUUCCAAAUCGGAGGAGGAUUCAGCGGAGGAAGCUUGAGACACAGAGAACACAUAACACAUCGCAGUCAAAGAGUAAACAGAGUAAAUCCAGACAGCCAGAAUGCGUCGCUCCUCGUUCACGCCCGUCUUCAACCUGAGCACCCAGGAGCCGCUGAUCGUGGUGGAGGAGUCGCACACCGCCGAGGAUGGCGAUGAUAUGGAGGGCGCCGCCGGCGGCUGUGAUCCCACUGCGCCAGGCACACGGCGCUCCAACAGCGAUGACUCCGAACCGGACUCGCCGGUGAAUCCCUACCUGCUCUGCCCCUUUCCCGACAUGCAGCAGCGACGCAAGCAUUCGCUACCAUCGCUCCAAAUCACCGAGGGCAUCACCGCCAGCCAGGUGCGACGAUUGUCGGAGGUGGGCGGCGAGACCGGCGGUCUCAGUCCCAAGGAGGUUGAGUUCCUGGCCACGCUCUCGCAGAAGGCCAAUCCCACGGCCGGCGGACGCAGGCACUCGGUGGUUACCAUAUCGGCGGUGCCGCCAACGCUAUUCGGACGCAAUCGCCGCGAGUCCAUUUCCGGCGUAUCCUUCAGUGGCAGUCGCCGUGGCAGCGUCAUCGCCGGACCGCCGUUGACCGAUCACCGCGGCAGCGUGCACAACUUGCAGCUGGACAUCAUGGACGGGAUCGUGCAGCAGCGGAAGACGCGAAGCGGCAGCGGCGUUUGGACAGCGCCCGUUCUGCAGGAGGCCGAUAGCAAUGUGCCCGUGCAGACAUAAGCGGCUGAAGGACACGCAGGACAGCUGAGGGGGGAAAGGACGAAAAAUGGAUGCACGACGAACGUGGAGAAUGGUGGAUGCAUGGAUAGAUGGAUGGAUGAAUGGAUGGAUGGAUGGCUGUAUGGUUGGCUAGAUGGAUGGUUGGAUGCAUGGAUGGAUGCAUAGAUGGAUGGAUAGAUGC